AUGAAAUACUAUCAUGUAGAGAUCCAUCAGCAUCCAGGCAAAGUUAACGUGGUGGCAGACGCACUAAGCCGAAAGACGACUAUAAGUUUGGCAUGUACUCUCGUUUCCUACAAGAUCAAUGGAUUGCUCACCAAUAUAACCGUGGAACCCACUUUGAUUGAAGAAAUUAAAGCACACCAAUAUGAAGAUAAACUUUUAAAGAAAAAGUACGAAGAGCAAAUGAGUACGUUUGAUCCUGACUUCACUAUAAGCAUUGGGUCGCUAAAAUUUCGGAAUCGAAUCUACGUACUCGACAUUCCAGAACUCAAGAAGAAGAUAUUGGUAGAAGCUCAUAGCUCGAGGUUUGCGGUCCACCUUGGUAAUACAAAGAUGUAUCAUGAUCUGAAAAAACACUACAAGUGGACAGGAAUGAAAAGAAACAUAGCAUGCCACGUCACCAAAUGCCUACAUUGUCAGCGUGUUAAAGUAGAACAUCAGAAACCUGCAAGACUACUGUAA